CUCUUUUUUCAGAUAUUCUACAGAGUGGUAGCAGAUAUUGAACCAGGAGAGGAGCUCUUGCUGUUCAUGAAGAGUGAAGAUUACUCGCAUGAAACAAUGGCUCCAGACAUUCAUGAGGAGCGUCAGUAUCGCUGCGAGGACUGUGACCAGCUCUUUGAGUCCAAGGCUGAGCUUGUAGACCAUCAGAAGUUCCCGUGCAGCACACCUCAUUCUGCCUUCUCCAUGGUGGAGGAGGACUUCCAGAAAAAGCUUGAGAAUGAGAAUGACCUUCAGGAUGUGCAUGAAAUCCAGGAGUGUAAAGAAUGUGAUCAAGUCUUCCCAGACUUACAAAGCCUGGAGAAGCACAUGCUGUCACACAGCGAGGAGAGGGAGUACAAGUGUGACCAGUGCCCCAAAGCUUUUAACUGGAAGUCCAACUUGAUACGCCACCAAAUGUCGCACGACAGCGGGAAGCACUACGAAUGUGAAAACUGUGCCAAGGUUUUCACGGACCCCAGCAACCUUCAGAGGCAUAUUCGUUCCCAGCAUGUUGGGGCUCGUGCUCACGCUUGUCCAGAGUGUGGCAAAACCUUUGCCACUUCUUCAGGCCUCAAACAGCAUAAACACAUCCACAGCAGUGUCAAACCUUUUAUAUGUGAGGUCUGCCAUAAAUCCUAUACUCAGUUUUCAAACCUUUGUCGUCAUAAGCGCAUGCAUGCUGAUUGCAGAACCCAAAUCAAGUGCAAAGACUGUGGACAAAUGUUCAGCACUACGUCUUCCUUAAAUAAACACAGGAGAUUUUGUGAGGGCAAGAACCAUUUUGCAGCAGGAGGAUUUUUUGGCCAAGGCAUUUCACUUCCUGGAACCCCAGCUAUGGAUAAAACGUCCAUGGUUAAUAUGAAUCAUGCAAAUCCGGGCCUUGCUGACUAUUUUGGAGCCAAUAGGCAUCCUGCUGGUCUUACCUUUCCAACAGCUCCUGGAUUUUCUUUUAGCUUCCCUGGUCUGUUUCCUUCAGGCUUGUACCACAGGCCACCUUUGCUACCUACUAGUUCUCCUGUUAAAGGACUACCGAGCACAGAUCAGACAAACAAAAGUCAAAGUCCCCUCAUGACAAAUCCUCAGAUACUGCCAGCUACGCAGGAUAUUUUGAAGGCACUAAAUAAGCAACCAUCAGUAGGGGAGAAUAAGCCAGUGGAGCUUCAACCAGAGAGGUCCUCUGAAGAGAGGCCGCAUGAGAAACUCAGUGACCAGUCAGAGAGUAGUGACCUUGACCUUGACGAUGUCAGUACCCCCAGUGGCAGUGACCUGGAAACCACCUCGGGCUCUGAUCUGGAAAGUGACAUUGAAAGUGAGAAAGAGAAAUUUAAAGAAAAUGGUAAAAUGUUCAAAGACAAAGUAAGCUCUCUGCAGAGCCUGGCUUCAAUAAAUAAUAAGAAAGACCACAGCAAUCAUUCCAUUUUCUCACCAUCCUUAGAGGAGCAGACUGCGGUGUCAGGAGCGGUGAAUGAUUCUAUAAAGGCUAUUGCUUCUAUUGCUGAAAAGUACUUUGGUUCAACAGGACUUGUGGGGCUGCAAGACAAAAAAGUCGGAGCCUUACCUUACCCUUCCAUGUUUCCCCUCCCAUUUUUUCCAGCAUUCUCUCAAUCAAUGUAUCCAUUUCCUGAUAGAGACUUGAGACCGUUACCCUUGAAAGUGGAGCCCCAAUCACCCAGUGAAAUAAAGAAGAUCUCAAAGGGAAGCUCUGAAUCUCCCUUUGACCUCACCAUAAAGCGUAAGGAGGAGAAGCCACUUACUCCUAUACCCUCAAAGCCAACAGCCCCCUCUCUGACAAGCCAGGACCAGCCUCUAGAUCUCAGCAUGGGCAGCAGAAGUCGAGCCAGUAGCACAAAACAAGCUGAGCCUCGGAAAAACCACGUCUUUGGAGAAAAGAAAGGAGGUGACCUUGAGCAAAGGAAAGCUUCAGAGUCCUCCUUGCAGCAUGCCAGGCCGACCCCAUUCUUUAUGGAUCCCAUUUACAGAGUAGAAAAAAGAAAGUUAACUGAUCCACUGGAAGCUUUGAAAGAGAAAUACUUGAGACCUUCCCCGGGAUUCUUGUUUCAUCCACAAUUCCAAUUGCCUGAUCAAAGAAUUUGGAUGUCAGCUAUAGAAAACAUGGCUGAAAAGCUGGAGAGCUUUAGCACCCUGAAACCAGAGGCCAAUGAGCUGAUCCAGUCGGUGCCAUCCAUGUUCAACUUCCGUGCGCCACCGAGCACUCUGCCAGAGACACUGCUGCGGAAGGGCAAGGAGCGCUACACCUGCAGAUACUGUGGCAAGAUUUUCCCGAGAUCUGCAAACCUAACACGCCACCUGAGGACGCACACUGGAGAGCAACCUUAUAGAUGCAAAUACUGUGACAGAUCCUUUAGCAUAUCUUCUAACCUGCAGAGACAUGUCCGUAACAUCCACAAUAAAGAGAAGCCAUUCAAAUGUCACUUGUGUGACAGGUGUUUUGGUCAACAAACCAAUCUUGACAGACAUCUAAAAAAGCACGAGAAUGGGAACAUGUCUGGUACUGCAACAUCUUCACCUCACUCAGAACUGGAAAGCACAGGAGCAAUCCUAGAUGACAAGGAAGACUCUUACUUCACAGAAAUUAGGAAUUUUAUUGGAAACAGCAACCACAAUAAUCAAUCCCCCCGAAACUCAGAGGAGAGAAUGAAUGGCAGCCACUUUAAGGAUGAAAAAGCCAUGGUAGCCAGCCAGAACUCGGAUUUGCUGGACGAAGAAGAGGCAGAAGAUGAAGUAAUGAUGGACGAAGAAGAUGAAGAGAGUGAAAUUGCAGGGAAAGCAGUCAAAGAGUCUGUUACGAGUGAUAUACAUGAGGGAACUCCGGAGGAGGAUUACGAGGAAACAAGUACUUUGGACAUGAACUGCAAAGCUUCCCCUGGCAGGUAUAAAGAGGAGGAGUAUAAUAAGACUGGACUUUCAGCUUUGGACCACAUAAGGCACUUCACAGAUAGCCUCAAAAUGAGGAAAAUGGAAGAAAAUCAAUAUAGUGAAGCUGAAUUGGCAGCUUUCAAUACUUCCCAGCUGCCAGAGGACCUAAAACAACCAUUGUACAGGAAAUCCAAGUCCCAGGCGUAUGCGAUGAUGCUCUCUCUCUCUGACAAGGACUCCCUUCAUUCUACAUCCCACAAUUCUCCCAAUAUGUGGCACACUAUGGCAAGAGCUGCUGCAGAAUCCAGCGCCAUUCAGUCCAUCAGUCACGUAUGACAUUGUGAAGUCUUACCGAGAAUGGGACCAAGUCCAAACCAGUAGCAUGGCUCUUUCAUAUAUGACUAUUUAAAAGACUGCUGAGCAGAAUGCCUUAUAAAUCUGCAGGGUCACUCAUUUAAAGUCCGGUGACCUUAAACUGAAUAAUUUUAAAAAGAAAGAAACUAUUUAUUCUCAAUAUUUUGUUUUGCACAGCAAAGGCAGCUGCUGACUUCUGGAGGAUCAAUGCGACUUAAAAAAAUAAAAGUUUCAGUGGAUUAUGUAAACCGGGGCCGGGAAAAAAUGUCUUCCAGUUCACCCGGCUUUGAGGGGCAGGGGCAAAAGGGUUAAGACUGCAUUGAUACACACAUGGGCACUCCUUUAAAGUAGGAGCUGAAUUGAUUUUCUUUUUGUAUAAGAUAGUUUGACACAGGAUUGGGAACAGUUGCUUUCAUGUACAAAUCUCUUCAUUAAAGCUUUAUGCAUUUUAGCCCUUCAAAGAAAGAAAAUAGUUCUAUCAAAUGCGCACUAUCCAUCGUAAAUGCAGAAAGAAGUAACAGGGAAUAUUUUGUUCUCUCCGUGAUUCUUUUGCCUUCUCAACAGCAUUGUU